AUGACUGAUCGCCUUUUAGAUCGAAUUGAAGGGCUUUUGCAAACCCAACGGGCGGCCAACGACGCAGCCUUGUCAGUAAGCCCUGAUGCUCGCUCCCAGAGGGAAGAACGAGAUGGAACAGAGGAACGAUCUUCCUUGGAGCCUCCCGAGACGGCGCCUGUAGCUGAAGUCGAGCCGGAGCUGUCUCAUCGCGCUGUUGUCAGGCUCUCGCUCUUUUUUACCCGGGUGACGCUGCCGGUCCCCGUUUUCUGCCAAGAAAAGUUUUACUCCGACUACAACGCCGGAUGUGUGCCUGGAUUCCUCCUCGAAGCCAUGUUCUCUCUCUCGGCUCGGUGUUCUGAAGAGCCUGAGAUACUCGUCCUUGCCGAUGGGAGUCAGGAGCUUUUAGCACAGCAAUUCGCCGCCAAAGCCGGCCGCGAACUUAUCAAAAUGACCGGAAAAAAUUCCGAAGCUUCAAUUGCAGAGGUAAAGGCGACUUUCCUUCUAGCAUACCAUGACUUCACGCACCUGCCAUCGCGGAAUGCGGCCGAGAAUUGCUUGAGAGCUGUUAGGGCUGCUUACAUGUGCGGUCUACAUCAGUUGGAUAACCCGAAUGGGUCGUCAAAAGCACAUGGAUGUCUUUCUGACAUAGAGAGGGAGGAGGGUCGAUGCUUGUGGUGGAGCAUCUUCUCCUUGGACACGUUCUCGAGCUUGAUAUCACAGGUGCCCUCAAGCAUCGAAGACACGAGCAUUGUGACAUGCUUACCAAGUACCAUCAUCACCAAUGCGGCCAUGAACGACGUCAUUCAGCCCUCGGAAUCAUUCCUUGAAGACACCAUUGAAGAGAUUUGGGGUCAAGGAGGAAAUGACGAAUCUCAUGGCGCCAAGGUGCAAGCCAUUCUGAUCUAUGCGGUAGCUCUAUCGAGAGACGUCCUCGCUGUUCGGCGGCUUUGUGUUGAGAAUCCUCGCUGCAAACUGGAAUCUCGUCUGGUUCAGAUUCGAGAGAGAUGGGCUUCCCUGCAUAGGACGCUACCCGCUUGGUUCUUUGCAACCACCCGCCAUCCGCUCGACAGGACUGUGGAGGACCAUCCCAUUGGGCUGGAAGGGCCAACGGCGACGACCGAUGACCAGAACUCGUUGCAAAGCAGAUGGAAAACCUGCAUCGACUACGCUCUCAAAGUCGCAGAUGCGUACAAAGUUUGGACUCCAGCACACUUUGAAAAGGCAGACCCAAUAAUGUUUCCAAUAACACGAUUAGCCGCUUGCCUUCUCAUCUUUGAGCUGAUGAAUUCGGACCCUGGCCUUGCUGCAGAGAAGCUUGUCGUUUUGGACUCCGCGGACCUUAUCAUGAAUUCCCUGGAUCUUUCUUCCCGACCUUCCCGACCUUGGAACAUCGUCGGCGCUCUAUUACUCUGCAGCACGCCAGACAACUGA